CUGGGCGGUGGCCUUCAAACGAGGCGGAUAGUUCUGCAGCAGUAGGAAGCAUGCAAGGAUGUUGCAGACAGCUGGUUCAAUUAACGUUUGGUUUAAUUACGCAGCCGGCUGCAAGAAGGCUAAGCGGCUACGGUGGACGAAAGAUAAGCCAGCUGACAUGGAGCCACCGUGAGAGAGUCCUGCAUAGAUUUGAAUCGGAGGCUGGCAUUGGUCCCCUUUGCCCUUCAGGCUAUCCAAAAAACGAGAGACAACUCGUUCGCCACUUUUGCACAACUGAGGAUCAUAGUGUCGUCUCCUACCAACAACUCAGAGAUUUGUUGGAAUCAAAGGCCAUCCGACUUAUUGAUGUUAGAGAAAAAUGGGAAAUUGCAGAGCAUGGAAAAAUUCCUGGAUCAAUCAGUAUUCCAUUGGGAGAAGUGAUGGAAGCUUUACAGAUGGACUCAGUAUAUUUUAAAGAGAAAUACAAUCAAGAUAUGCCUUAUAAAUCGGAUCAUGUAGUGUUUUCCUGUCUUGCUGGGGUGAGAAGCAAACAGGCUCUGGCUGUUGCGAAAUCAUUGGGUUUCAGCAGAGUUCAGCAUUACCCUGGUGGCUUCAAUGAAUGGCUGGAGUAUGAAUGUUCAAAGAAGAAAUGAUAUCUGGAAUGCACAAUUUGUAUGUAUUCUGAAAACGCAGAUGUCUAUAGCUAAUUCUAUUUAAUAAAAGGGCAGCAAGGUA